AUGUCAGCUUUAUCAUUUCCGCUUUUGGAAUCUACAGAAUCUGGUGAUGACACCAUCCUUAUAUCACCAUGGAGAAUUUAUGAUUCUCGGCCAACAUCUUUAUCAGGAAUGUUAGGAAAUGGAGGUCAGAAGAAAACUGAAAAUCCUAAUUCUGAAAUUAACUUUUUGAUGUAUUCUGGCAGCUCAGACGCACGACUAUCUGGACAAUUGGACCAAUUCUGCAAUAUGUGGGUUAUAAAAUGUGAGAAUAAUAAUGAUAUAGAUAUUUGUCUGGAGAAAUUACAACUAAAAUAUUCAUUACUUCAUGUUAACUUGGUGGAGAGAAAAGUAUUUAAAGAUACUAUCGAAAUUCCAAUGUUAAUUUUCAUCAACAAUGAAUCAGAAGCGAUAGAAACAUUAAAAAAUAACCUCAAUAUGGUGAAAGAGGCUGGACCAAAUGGAAAACACUUUUCUUAUGAGAUAGAUUAUGGACCAGCAGUAGAGAAAUGGGCCUCUGAUGUAUUAAAGAGAGAUUUUGUGUGUAUUGGAGGAAGAUUCUGUAUCACCAACUCUGAUAGUUUUAACCAUGUACUAGACUGGAACAAUAUACUUGGAUGUCUAGUCUGUUUACCCUGUGGUUUGAUGGCUGGAUCAGCUUAUAGGAUAGGAAGAAAAGCUUGUUAUCUAGAAAGCAUGUGGACACCAAAACAAGAUGUGAUAUUAGUUGGAGCUAAAGCUCGAGAUGGUGAUUCUCAGAGAGAAACACUUCUAAAAUUGAUAGAAUGGAUGUCAGAGGAUCCAGAAGCAGCCAAACCACCACAAGAACAGUCCCCGGCACCAGAGCUAACAACCAUUACAGAAGAAAGUGAACAAAAGAAUCAUGGAAUCAAAGGUGUACGAAAUCAACCAUCUACAUCAGGCAUGCCGGAAGUUGAUAGCGACUCAAAAUUCAAGAAAACCUUCCGAUAUGAUCCACUCUCUUAUCCACGUCUAAUGAGCUUCCUUGCUGCAGACAAGACAACCGAUGCGUCUAAAAACAAAGAUACUAAAAAACUAAAUGCUUCCAGAAAGAUUUCAGUACGACCAACAGAUCAUGGCAAGAAUAGACGGCCAUUACUGAAAGUCAGAGAUUCUGUUGGUGAAUCUAAGGUGUAA